CGAAAAACAGAUGUCAGCUGGAAAAAUUGUGAUAAGAUAAGUGAUAGAAAUAGAAGAUCGAUAUGCCACGACUAAUAUUUGCCACACUCUAUCGAAAAAUUUGGAAGUACGAUGCGUGGGAUUUCACGAUAUGCAAAACUAAUAUUAUUUCUAUGCGUUGGUUCCAUAAUUUUUUGUGCAAUUUUUGGUACUCUUCCAAGUAUCCUCAGAAGAGUUAAUAAAGUGGUUGUGAAACAAAUGAAACAUCGACAACAAAUAAAAGAAGAAUUACUAAGAAAUGAACAGAUUGAAACGACGUCUGUACUUGGAAAAUGGCUCUUGUCUUCUGAAGGAAGUUUAACACCAUCGAUAAUAAAUAAGAGAAGGGAACCGUAUUUGAUCUUAAUUUGGAAGCACGGAAUGUUUUUGGAACGUAGGCACAUCAGACGUUUUACGAAUAGAAAGUUUUCACCUUGGGAAAAUUGUACAGUAAAAUGUGUACUAAGUUAUCAAUCCAAAGAUUUAAAUAUAGCAGAUGCAGUAGUGUUUCAUUUGCAUUUGACACAAAAUGUACUGGAAUUGCCAAUCAGAACACGAUGGAAUCAGAGGUGGAUCUUUUUGACUGAUGAAUCGCCAAUACACACUUUUAUCUAUGGAAAUCAACAAUUGUCUAAAUAUAAUGGUUUAUUUAACUGGUCGAUGACAUAUCGAAUGAAUAGCGAUGUACCAGUACCUUACGGCAGAACGAUUUCUACUUCGUUUAUAAAUUCACCAAAUAUAAAUUUUUCGAAGGAUCUGAUACAAAAAUCAAAAACUAAGCUGGUCACUGUGAUGGGUAGUAAUUGCGGGGGCACUAAUGAUCGAUGGAAAUAUAUUAACGAAUUGAAAGUAAUUCUCGGUAGUGAUCUUGAUAUAUAUGGAAAAUGUUUAAAUGGUAAUACGACCGCAUGUCCGGGUCAUUUCGAUAAAGAUUGUUCGGUUUUAAAUUCCUACAAGUUUUAUUUAGCUUUUGAAAAUUCAAAUUGUAGAGAAUACUUAACAGAGAAAGUAUUCUGGCAUGGUUAUCACAAAUUAGCAAUACCAAUAAUAAUGGGUGCACCAAAGAAAGAUUGCGAGAAAUUAUUACCACCACAUUCGUUCAUUCACGUUAGUGAUUUUGUUAAUCCGAGAGCUUUAGUAGAUUAUAUUCGCUAUCUUAAUAAGUACGAUGAUAAAUAUUUCGAGUUCCAUGAGUGGCGUAAAUAUUACAAAGUAAUCAACGAACAUGGUUAUUUUGGCAGUAUGUCACGACAUUAUUGCCGUAUUUGCGAGGCUCUUCAUUAUAAUUCUCCUGCUCCCAAAGUGUAUGAAGAUAUGGAAUUGUUUUGGAACAAAAAACGAGAUUGUACUCUCUGAUAUAUUUAAAUUUUAUUUGUCUUCGUAUUAUAUUGUUAUCACUGUUUAACGUUACUGAAUUAAAUUUUUAUCUGUUAAACUUAUAGUUUGUUAUUUUUUGUUUGUAAUUGUUUUGUUUUGAUUAUCGCUUAAUAUUGUAAAUAAAUUGAAUAAAAACAUCAAAUACAUUAUA